UUCGGGGGCGUGGCUUCCUGGCCGCCCAGCCCCUAGUGAGAGAGUGGGCGCCAGAGGCCCGUCCCCGCCUAUAAGAGCGGUGCGGCACUGCAGCUAGCGCAGUUCUCACUGAGACCCGUCACCCCGACUCAACGUGAGACGCACCGUCCGGACUAGCUCACCAUGCGUGAAUGCAUCUCAGUCCAUGUGGGGCAGGCAGGUGUCCAGAUGGGCAAUGCCUGCUGGGAGCUCUACUGUCUGGAACAUGGGAUUCAGCCUGAUGGGCAGAUGCCCAGUGACAAAACCAUUGGUGGAGGGGAUGACUCCUUUACUACCUUCUUCUGUGAAACUGGUGCUGGAAAACAUGUGCCCCGAGCAGUUUUUGUGGAUUUGGAACCUACUGUAAUUGAUGAGAUCCGAAAUGGCUCAUACAGACAGCUUUUCCACCCAGAGCAGCUCAUCACUGGGAAAGAGGAUGCUGCUAACAACUAUGCCCGUGGUCACUAUACCAUUGGCAAAGAGAUCAUUGACCCGGUACUGGACCGGAUCCGCAAGCUGUCUGACCAGUGCACAGGACUUCAGGGAUUCUUGGUGUUUCACAGCUUUGGAGGGGGCACUGGCUCUGGCUUCACCUCACUCCUCAUGGAGAGGCUCUCUGUUGACUACGGCAAGAAAUCCAAGCUAGAAUUUUCCAUCUACCCAGCCCCCCAGGUUUCCACAGCCGUGGUCGAGCCCUACAACUCCAUCCUGACCACCCACACCACCCUGGAGCACUCAGACUGUGCCUUCAUGGUGGACAAUGAAGCUAUUUAUGACAUCUGCCGCCGCAACCUGGAUAUCGAGCGCCCUACCUACACAAACCUCAACCGCCUCAUCAGCCAGAUCGUCUCCUCCAUCACAGCAUCCUUGCGCUUUGACGGGGCCCUCAACGUAGACCUGACAGAGUUCCAGACCAACCUGGUGCCCUACCCCCGUAUCCACUUCCCCCUGGCCACCUACGCGCCUGUCAUCUCUGCAGAGAAGGCCUACCACGAGCAGCUGUCUGUGGCUGAGAUCACCAAUGCCUGCUUUGAGCCUGCCAACCAGAUGGUGAAGUGUGACCCUCGGCACGGCAAGUACAUGGCCUGCUGCCUGCUGUACCGUGGGGAUGUGGUGCCCAAGGAUGUCAAUGCUGCCAUUGCUGCCAUCAAGACCAAGCGCAGCAUUCAGUUUGUGGACUGGUGCCCCACAGGCUUCAAGGUUGGAAUCAACUACCAGCCUCCCACUGUGGUGCCGGGGGGUGACCUGGCCAAGGUGCAGCGCGCUGUGUGCAUGCUGAGCAAUACAACCGCCAUCGCCGAGGCCUGGGCCCGCCUGGACCACAAGUUCGACCUGAUGUAUGCCAAGAGGGCUUUUGUGCACUGGUAUGUGGGUGAGGGCAUGGAGGAAGGGGAGUUCUCUGAGGCCCGGGAGGAUAUGGCUGCCCUGGAGAAGGAUUAUGAGGAAGUGGGCAUCGAUUCCUAUGAGGAUGAGGAUGAGGGAGAAGAAUAAAAUAGCUGCCUGGAGACUCUCCACUAUGUUCAUUGCAAAAGCCUUUCGAAAUAAAUAGUAUCCUUGCA